AUGGGGCCCAAGACACGGUCGGUGUCUUGUGGGGCUGUGUACAACAACCCCACCUCGUUUGCGGUGUGCGUAGACUGCAGUAUUUCGUUGCACGGAGUUUUCUCCUUUUCUUCAGGGCGAAGCCCAAAAAAAACUCAUGUUUUGAUCCAUCUAGCCCAAAGAGAACGAAGGCCUAACAGAGUGUUAGGUGAGACAGCAAGAGGUCCUGCAGCUGCGACGACAGCAGCAGCAGCAGCUCUUGCAGAGGUUGCAACUGGGAGCAGCAGCAACGGCAGAACAGAAAGAGGCCGGAGCCGCAGCGGCACCAGCAGCAGCGCAUGCAGCAGCACCACCAGCAGCACCACCGCCUCAUGCUGCCACUUCAGCCUCUACAGUCAAGCGCGCUGCUCUCUCUGCCUUGAGGACAGCGGAAGCUUCACCUGCGAAGCGCCUCCAUCUGGACAAGCAGCAGCAGCAGCAGCAGCCUUGAGGACAGCGGAAGCUUCACCUGCGAAGCGCCUCCAUCUGGACAAGCAGCAGCAGCAGCAGCAACAGCAGCAGCAGCAGCCAUCUCCUUUCACGCAAUCUGAAACGACGCCAUUGAGGACCUCCAGGCCUGGCAAUGAGAAGGGCCAGGAGGCUGCAGCAAGUCCCCUCUCCGAUGCCGUUCCAGGAGCAACAGCAACAGCAACAACAGCAGCAGCAGCAGCAGCAGCAGUAGCAGAUGCUGCAUCUCCCAUAGGAUCUCCGGUCCCACCUCGUCGUGUUCAGAAGCAGCAAGGUGGGGUUGCUGUGACCACGCCUGUCGCCUCCUCGAAGACUAGGCCCGGCACCUCCACCCACACCGGCAGCAGCAGCAGCAGCAGCAGCAGCAGUGAGGAAUGCUGUUUAGAUGCAGUUCCUGCUCCGUUCAGGAGAGGGUACCAAAAGCUUAUCGAGGCGGGGGGCCCCCUACGGCUGCCUGAGCUCGCAAAUCUCUUUGGUUUAUUAGGGGACCUGGGGGCCCCCCUUCCUCUGCUGCAGGUUGUGGGGGGCGCAGGCAGCGGGAAGAGCUUCUUGCUGCGGCUGCUGCUGCAGGAGAGCAGCAUUGCUCAUGGGUACGCUGAUGCUGCUGUUGCUGGUGCUGUUGAUGGUGCAGCAGGGCGCCAGCUGCUGUACUUACAGCUGCUGCGGUCCCUUGCUGCUACGCUAAAGGAUGAGGCAGAGACUUGCUGCGAACCUCUAUUCAGGCUGCAGCAGCAGCUGCAGCAGCAGCAGCAGCAGAAAGAAGGGGAGGAGGAGCAUCGGGAUGAACCCACGGAGAGGCUGCUGCAGCAGCUCCGCGCGCUGCAGCAGCAGCACAAGUUGCUGCUGCAGGACUGCACCAAAGCCACCAAGGCCCGGGUGGCUGCUCCUGACGGCUUCAUUGAAAUGCUGGGUCGUCUGCUUCUGGUUUCUGGUGCUACGCUUCGCGCUGCAGCAGCAACCGCAGCAGCAGCAGCAGCAACGGGAGUUGCAACAGCAGCUGUUGCUGCAGCGCAGCAGGAAGCAGCAGCUCGAGCAGCAAGAAGUGUUGUGCUGGUUGCUGACGGCACAGAGGCGCUGCGACAGCUGCUGCCGGAGCUGCUGCAGGCGCUGCUGCGGCUGCAAGAGCUUCUCUAUGGAGAAGCAGAAGCCAUUGCUGCACCCCCCUCAGCAAUCCCCCCCCUCCCCACCACAACCGGCAGCAGCAGCAGCAGCAGCAGCAUCAGCACCAACACCACCUCUACCACCACCAUGAGCAGCAGCUCACCCGCGCCCACUCCCAGCAGCAGCAGCAGCAGCAACAGCAUGGCUUGCCUGUGCCCCCCACAGUUCGCUUUGCUGCUUACUCGCGCGAUGCUGCUGCUUUCCUGCUGCAGCGCAGCUUUCUUCAGCUGGGCCUGCCGCUGCUGCGCACCGCCAUCAGCACAGCACCGAAGCAGUUCCCGUAUACACUACAGCUUGAGCGUAACACAGAAGACAACCAAAACCCAGCAGCAGCAGCAACAGCAGCAACGACACCAGCACCAGAAGCAGCAACAGCAACAGCAACAGCAGCAGCAGCAGCAACAACAACAGCAGCAGCAGCAGAUGGCUCAUGGGGUGUAUAUCUUGUGCGCGUUGAUACGGGAUAUAAGACAGACGUACUGA